AUGUCGGGCUUUGAUUAUUCCAAGUGGGAUCGGUUGGAGAUCAGUGAUGAUGAGAGCACGUUCCAUCCGAACUUGGACACCGGCCUCAACAUCCGCGUGAACAGAAUAACCCGAGACCGCAAAGAAGAGGAGAUUGAUAGCGAAAAGAAGAAGCUCAUUGAAAAAGGGGAACAGGAGAAGGCCGAAAAGCUCGAAGCCAAGCGUCCCUUACACGUGAACAACGUGUGCCACGUGGCUGAGGAGCGCACCAUCAUCCAGUCCAGCGACGGCAGUCGGAAGGACAAGUUGAAGAAGGGUGAAGAGUCCUUCAGCGUGGACGACUACAGCCUGUUUAAACAAGACAACAAGGCCAUCCUCGACAAGUUUGCCAAUGCGGAUUGGGAACUGUCGGAAGCCUUGUGCAAAGAGUACGGGCACAUCUUGAUGGAUGACUAUGCCAACAGUUAUUACAUGCUCAGUGCCCUGGACGCUGAAAUGCGGGGAGAUCGCAAGGAGAUGGAGAAGCUCGCAAGACAGGGGCAGAUCAUCUCCCAAAUCCAUCAGUUGGCCGAGCCCAUGCGGCGCCCACCGCGAGACUUGGUGCCACGAUUCUUCGAGAAGUUCCAAGGGGACGCCAGUAGACAUGCCUUCGAGGAAGGUGUGACACAUUUCAAGAAGCACCUGAUCCAGCGAGCCAUCGUGAAGAAGCAGGAGGAGGAGGCAGAAGCUGCCAAUCAACCACAAGAGAUGGAAGAGGACAUGCAGCCUGUGUCGCUAGUGGAAGUCAUGCACGACAUGUCGGUUGAGGAGCGGAUGGGCCCUGGAGGUCUGGAUCCAGUGGAGGUCUUCGCCACUCUUCCGGUAGAACUGCAGGAGUGCUUCAAGUCCGGCGACGUCGAGAUGCUAAAGAAGGUUGCACAGAGCAUGGACCCCGCGGAGUUUAAGAACCACCUCGACCGAUGUACAGAUGCAGGCCUCUGGAGCACCGGUGGCUGA